AUGCAGGAUGAUGCCCAGCAGCCAGGUCUCUGCAUAGAGCCAGUGCCAGCUCCCGGCCAGCCUGGGCUUCGUCCCCUUUGCCUCCUCGCCCUGGCAGAUCUCCUGGCGGCCGCCUCGGUGCUGGGCACAGCCACCAUCCAGGCGCUCCCAGCGCCGCUCUUCAUCCCAGCCUAUGCUGCCUGCCCCUAUGGAUGGAUGCUGGCCACGACCUUCUACGCAGUCUCAUUCCUGAUGGUGGUUGUCUACGCGUUCGAGUCCUACCGCACUGUGCACGGCUGGAGAGCCCGGCACGUGGCAGCUCUGCAGGAGGGAAGCGGGUGCCUGGAGCACGUGUGGCAGGAGCUGCCCUACGUCCUGGCCUGGCUGGUGCCAGUGCUGACGCUCCUGGGGCAGCUCAUUGCCCGCGGUACGUCCCUCACUGACAUCGCACCGAGACACCUCGAGCCCAUCAUGCCAUGGAGGGGCAACAGCUCCCAGGAGACCUACAGCCUCUACUGCUCCAGCUGCCUGCUCCUCAUCCACCAUGCCCAGGAUAUCUGCUAUGAGUAUGUCGGCAGGAAGGACGUGGGCCUGGAGGGGAAAAUCAUCUUCUUCUUGUACCUGCUGCUGGUGCUCAGCUGCUGCACGCUCCUGUACCACCGGGUGCAGCGCCGGUGCCGGAGGGACGUCGCAGCGCCGCUGCUGGCGCUGGAGAGGGACGGCUUUGCGGGCAGGAGCAUCCGCAGCGUCAGCAGAGUCUCCCACUACUUCCAGCUGGUUUUCCUGCUCUGCUGGGCUCCAGCCUUCCUCCUCACCCUCCUCUCCUUCACCAGCAUCAAACCUGCCUCAGUCUUUGCUCUCUACAUUGCUACAGCCCUGACCACGUCCCUGCAGGGCUUCCUGCACAGCCUGGUCUAUGGGUGGCUGAGGCAGAACUUCCGUCAGGAGGUGGUGGGCAAGAGCCUCUCCCUGCAGCACCCCCGGGGGCUCAGGGCGUUCUAUGAUGAGUCCCUGGGGGCUGUUCCCUAAAGCUCCACCUCAUCCCGGUGCCUCCGCGCUGCCCGAAGCCUCGGCAGCAUCUCCACAUCCACGCUGUGGCCGGGCAGGAGCUCCCUGGCCUUGCCCCUUGGUGCUGGGUGAGAAGCUGGUAGCACUGGGGUUGUGGGGGCUGCAGGGGCUCUGUCCCAAUGGGAAUCCCACCUUCCCAAUGGGAAGCCCCUCAUUGCUGGAAGCAGCCCCAUGUCCCAUCACCUGCACUGUGCAGACAGAACCAUGAGCAGUUGCUGCACAGGAGAUGAUGGACCACGGGAGAUGGGACAGGAGCUCUCAGGAUGAAGGAUGCUCCUGUCCUGCACCAUGAACAACGUGGCUGUUGGCAGCAGGAGGGCUCUGCGGGCUCAUGAGCAACCCAGUGCUGUGGAAGGAGGCACACAGACAAUAGGUGAUCCCUAGACCUUCCAUCAGCUGAGCAUCAGCUGUGACUAUCCCAGGGAGGCUGGUGGGUCUUCCUGUUUCAUUUGCUUUGGCUUUCUGCCAGAGAGGAAUCCAAAUUCCUCCACAGGGCUCGGGAGAAGGUGCUCACAAAUAAAGGUGUCA